CUGAGGUAUUGGGACAUUCUGGAUAGCCCGAUACUCUCUAUCCGGUGUGUGGUGACGAGUGGCUUUGGGAAAUGCCAAUUUGUCCUAAGAGAAAAUGACAGAAGUUGGCACCACUGUAACUUGUCCUUAGAAACCUUGCAGCCCUGUUCAGCCAAGUGGUGGGCAUUGCAGAUCUUCCCACCCUGAGUUGUAGUCAUUGAGUCGUCGUGAACGUCUGGGAGCUCUGCAUUCCCUUCUGAAAUGUCCUGGUUUUCACACAGUUUUAAGCAAACAAGUGGGUUUCUUCUGGGGACCUGCUCUCCAGCCGACAACAUGAGUGGUUUGCCGGCUUCCGGGCCACCUGGGCG